UUUCAGUUAUCUAUGCACUACAAGUACGGGACUACGGGACUACGGGAGUACGCCCGCUACCCACCGAUCUCUUCUGAGUUCUGACCACUACCGGAAUUCCGAAUCCGUCUAUUGUUCACUUGUUCGACGUCAGUCUAUCACUUUAAUAGUACGUCGGCCGUAAGCGUCUUUUUCAGAUCCCACUCGUUUAAUUUUCAGUGAAAAAAUAUCAUCAAACAGUCGUUACUUGUCAAUUGCCAACUAUUGUUUUUUUGAUAUAUUUUGACUUUCAAGUAUAAUAUUUUAUCUCGUAGCAAUGGGAGGACCAAAGGAAGGCGUUCAAAAACAGAUACAACAAGACUGGGCAAAUCGCGAAUACAUUGAAGUGAUCACGGGCAGCAUAAAAAAAAUUACAGACUUUCUCAAUUCGUUUGAUAUGUCAUGUCGAUCCAGAUUAGCUAUUUUAAAUGAAAAAUUAACUACACUAGAAAGAAGAAUUGAAUACUUGGAAGCACGGGUUACUAAAGGAGAAACUCUUUCAUGAAACAUUGCCAUCAAAUAAAUUGGAAAUACUUGUGUACUAUAUUUAAAUUUUCCAAAGUAAUGUAAUUAAACUAGUCUAAGUAAUUUAUAUUUUUUUAAACAUGUCAAAUUUAUUUUAUACAUAUUAUAUGAUUUAAGAUAUUAAACUUUCAAUAUUAAUUUGACAUAAUGUUUGGAUUUGGUAGUUUUUUUACUAAUUUGUUUUAGUAAACCUUUGAUAAGUUAAUUUUAUUUACUAUAACUCAUUCAUGGGGUGAAUUUAUUUUAAAUAAUUGAAAUAAUAGAUUUUCAAACCAUCUAAAGCAAUGACAAGCAUUUACCUCAUUUGUAUUUCACGGUCGAAUGGAAAGAUGUCGAUUCACAGAUUGCACCACAUAUUUCAUUUCAUGAUUUAAAUAUGAAUAAAGGGUGAUUUUUUAUUCAUGGUCGUCUAAUUUUUAUGUUUAAACUAGCUGUAUAACUCAACUUUGCCUGGGGAAAAACGAACAAAUAAAAUUUGAUAUAUCUCA